CUUAUCGCAACGGCACUCCAUCGCUUCAUCUUAUCCCUCUUCUCCCCGCCUCCUCCCGCCGCCGCCGCUACCUCCCGAGGCCAAGCCGAAAUCCCCAUGGCUUCCACCACCCUCUCCUCCGCCUUCACCCUCCUCUCCCGCCCCUCCUCCUCCUCCUCGUCCCCCUCCGCUUCGCUCCCGAGGCCCUCCCUCGCCGUGCCGCGCCGCCGCCGCGCCGUCGCCGUCGCGUCCACCGCCACCGAGUCCCCCAAGGUCGUGGAGCUCGGGGAUGCCAUCGCCGGGCUGACGCUCGAGGAGGCCCGCAGCCUCGUCGACCACCUCCAGGAGCGCCUCGGCGUCACCGCGGCCGCCUUCGCGCCCGCCGCCGUCGUAGCGGCGCCGGGCGCGGGCGGCGCGGGGGCCGGCGCGGAGGAGGCGGCCCCCGCCGAGAAGACGGAGUUCGACGUCGUCAUCGAGGAGGUGCCCAGCAGCGCGCGUAUCGCCACCAUCAAGGUGGUGCGCGCGCUCACCAGCCUCGCGCUCAAGGAGGCAAAGGACCUCAUCGAGGGGCUCCCCAAGAAGCUCAAGGAGGCCGUGAGCAAGGAUGAGGCUGAGGACGCCAAGAAGCAGCUCGAGGAGGUCGGCGCCAAGGUGUCCAUCGUGUGACACUAGGUAUACUAGGACCCAUCAUGUUUUUUCCAUUACCUUUUCUUUGCAUCCCAAUCUUUUGUAUCUCUUGUUACAUGCAAGGAAUUGCUGCUCGAUAUGAGAUGUUUAUAUGCGUGGAUUCUCUAGUUCAUAUUUGUAUGUUGUAUUAAUGUAUUCUACCUUGAGUUAACACUGAAUGCUGCAUGCUCUAAACUGGUAAUGUAGAUUUGUGAUAUUAGUGCUA